GUUGCCUGACGACCAUGAUUCUUCGGCCAUUUUGCCGAUGUAGUGAAACAUUUUAGGAACUUGAGUAAUUCAUGUCCUCUUCCUAUGUACAUUAAAUAAAAUUAAAGUAAAGCCUACCUAAACACUGACGUAAGAGAUUGGAACUAAUACACAUCGAACCUUGGUGGGUUCAAAGUUUCUAAAGUUUUUUGUUUGUUUUUAUUAUCGUGUAAUGCCACUGCCUAGUCGAGCUCGAGUUUAUGCUGAUGUUAACUCACACAGACCUAGAGAAUAUUGGGACUAUGAAUCUCAUGUUGUAGAAUGGGGAAAUCAAGAUGACUAUCAACUUGUCAGGAAACUAGGAAGAGGAAAAUAUAGUGAAGUUUUCGAAGCCAUCAACAUAACAAACAAUGAAAAAUGUGUUGUAAAAAUAUUAAAGCCAGUUAAAAAAAAGAAAAUAAAAAGAGAAAUCAAAAUUUUGGAAAACUUAAGAGGUGGACCUAAUAUUAUAGCUUUGCAAGCAGUUGUAAAAGAUUUUGUUUCAAGAACUCCAGCUUUAAUAUUUGAGCAUGUUAAUAAUACAGACUUCAAACAAUUGUACCAGACUCUAACUGACUAUGAUAUUAGAUUUUACUUGUAUGAAUUAUUAAAGGCUCUAGAUUAUAGUCACAGUAUGGGCAUUAUGCAUAGAGAUGUAAAGCCUCAUAAUGUUAUGAUUGAUCAUGAAAACCGAAAGUUACGUUUAAUUGAUUGGGGUUUGGCUGAGUUUUACCAUCCUGGUCAAGAGUACAAUGUUAGAGUUGCCUCUCGAUAUUUUAAAGGCCCGGAACUUUUAGUUGAUUACCAGAUGUACGAUUAUUCCUUGGACAUGUGGAGUUUAGGUUGUAUGUUAGCAAGUAUGAUAUUCAGAAAAGAACCAUUUUUCCAUGGGCAUGACAAUUAUGAUCAGUUAGUUAGAAUUGUUAAAGUAUUGGGUACUGAAGAAUUGUAUGAAUACCUUGACAAAUACCAAAUCGUUCUUGACAGUCGAUUCAAUGACAUAUUAGGAAGGCAUUCCCGCAAACGAUGGGAGCGCUUUGUGCACAGUGAUAAUCAACAUCUUGUUACUCCAGAAGCUCUUGAUUUCUUGGAUAAACUUUUGCGAUAUGACCAUCAAGAAAGACUUACUGCUCGUGAAGCUAUGGAUCAUCCCUAUUUCUAUAACAUUGCAAAAGAGCAAAAACCUCGUUUUGUUGAAUCACAACACAUGGGCAGUCACAGCAAUUCUCCCCCUCCAGUGACAUCUAGUGCUGCUGUAAAUGCUGCUCUUAGUUCCAGCAAUAUGACUGGCAUGCCGACUUCACCCAUCUCUUCUCCGAGUACUACAUCUAUACCUAACGCAACGGCAGCCCAUCUCAUUAAGACUGAUUCCAUGACCUAGCUACAACUUCAUUAAGUUGCAAAUAUAUGCUUGAGCUUCAUGUUCAAGCAGUUUUGGUUGUUCCAUCAGACUUUGGAAAAUUUGGACUUUUCUUGCCAAAUUCCUUGCAAUCCUUAACAGCAGUCUCAAAAGAAGGCAGCAGACCAGAUAUAUGUCAAAAUGUUGCCGAAGUAUCCACCAUCGGCUAACACGGGUAAAAAGUGCUGCCAUUUAGACUAAGAUCUCUCACCGACUCUUGAUGUUUGUUUAGUUUUCUUUCCUAUGCUGCUAUCUUUUACCAACCAGCAAGAGCUGAUAAAAUGAAUUAUGUUGUCAAAGUUUACUAUAUGCUUCUCAUUAGUUUAAAAAAAAAAUAAAAUGGGAUAAAAUCAUUUUUUAGCAUUCAUCUAUAGUUAUGUACCUAGUAUCCUGACUGAAAAAUCAUAUCUUAAAGACAUUAGAAAUUUAUUACAAUUGCAUUUUUAACUGGAUCAAUUACUACUUCCAUUUGUAUGCAUUUUUUGAAAUAAAAGGAAAAGGAAAGCUGUC